GCCCUCAGCCAAUCCCAAAGCGCCCACGCCGCCCGCGCCCAAUCCCAGCGCGCCGCGCUGAUGACUCAUCAGUCGCCGGGAAGACGCCUCGAAAAAAGGGCCCCAACUGCGCCCUCAGCCAAGCCCAGCGCGCCCCAAACCCCCCAAAACGGCGCCGCCCGGCUGGUUUUGGGCUGUCAGCAGCUGUCCGGCGCUGGGCAUGGAGCGUGUGCGGGGAGCUGGGGCCGUGCUGGCGGUGCUGGUGGUGCUGGGAGCCCCCCCGGCUGCGGGCGAGGAGCUGUCGGGGGUGUUCCAGUGGAUGGGAAAACAGGAGUGUCAUUUCAUCAAUGGCACCGAACAGGUGAGGUUCCUGGAGAGGCAAUUCUACCACCGGGAGCAGCUCCUGCAUUUUGACAGCGAUGUGGGGGUCUAUGUGGGGGACACCCCAUUUGGGGAGAUCCAGGCCAGAGACUACAACAGCCACCGUGAAUAUCUUAAGUACAAACGGGGUCAGGUGGACACGUACUGCCGGUACAACUACAAACUUGGUACCCCGUUCAGCGUGGAGAGGAGAGUGCCCCCCAGCGUGUCCAUCUCGCUGGUGCCGUCGAGCUCCCAGCCCAGCCCCGGCCGCCUGCUCUGCUCCGUGAUGGAUUUCUACCCUGCGCCGGUGCAGGUGAGGUGGUUCCAGGAUGGGCAGGAGCUGCCGGAGCACGUGGUGGCCACCGAUGUGGUCCCCAACGGGGACUGGAGCUGCCAGGUGCUGGUGCUGCUGGAAAUCCCCCCCCGGCGCGGGGUCACCUACAGCUGCCAGGUGGAGCACGUCAGCCUGGAGCACCCCCUCAGCCGGCACUGGGAGAUGCCACCGGACACCGUCCGCAGCAAGAUCCUGGUGGGGGUCGGGGGCUUCGUCUUGGGCUUGGUCUUCCUGGCGCUGGGGCUCGGCUUCUACCUGCGGGAGAAGAGCUCCUGAGCCGCCGGCGGCCGCAGCCCCUCCCCGUGGCCUCGGGCCCAGCUGGGACCCCCCAGUCCAUCCCCACGCU